UCCGCCGUUAACACCGGAGACUCCGCAGUCCUGGCGGCGGGAGGGGGCGGCCCUAGCGCUCAGCUGAGGGCCCUGCUGGCGAGGCUGGGAGUUGAGGGGUCCUGUUUUCAGAAAAGGAAGUUUCAGUCCCUGGCUGCGGUGUUGGGAGUUAGGGCAUCAUGUUUGGUCAGCGGCUGAGCAUCUGUAGCGGUCCGUAAUUUUCGGUCUUAAUUGUGGUUAUUAAUUAAACAGGCCCGCUCAAAAUAGAGUUUGCCGCCAGGUGAAGGUCGGUACUUAGUGGUGCUGCUGGUAGUGGAUUUGAGGAGGUUUCAGCGACUGACUGGGAAUUUGUGGGACGAGGAAUUGGGCGUUUCUGUGUGAUUCUGAGACAGAGUCACGGAUUGGGGUCACAUAGAAAUCAAUGGUUGGGUCCCGAAGGCAGAUAACCAUCUUUAGGGUUAUUCGGAUCGGUGUGUGGGGGUAGUAGUGGGCUACUGUUAGGAGCCUGUGUGGUAGCUUGGGGAGCAGAUGGCUCGUUACCAGUGACUGGGGCUCCAGCCCUUAAUAAUAACAGUUUGCAUUCAGGCUGCACUCCACACAUAAGGAUAUGAGGGUCAGAGGAGAGUUCCCAUCCUUCCCCCCGAGGUUCUGUUCCCAUCCCCGGAUCUAUCUGGUGAAUGGACUUCAGGCAAUUUAUAUUCUCUACUACUGUCUUGUAGUUAGCUAAGUACUUCAAGCCGAAUUCUCUCAAAAACCCUUUCUCAAAGCUUUACCUUUUCCCUUUGCCAGUCUUUCAAUCGUUGUGCUUUCUCUGGAUAAUUUCAACCACAUUCAUUCAAUCAGCUUUCACCUUUAAAGCCAUGACUUGCCAGUCUAUAGCACCAGUCCAUACAUUUCUAACAAGCUCCAGAUUCACAGUAGCCAACUGUGUCCUACACAUCUCUCUGAGGUUUACUCACAGAACCUCAAUGUUAACAUGAUGGAAAUAGACUAUAUCAUCUUCCUUCUCCAUACUUCACCUGCUCGUCCUACCAUGUUCAUCAUUAUGAAUAGCAUCACUCUCCUUCUAGGUGCCCAUAGUACAAACCCUGGAGACAUCUAGUUUUCUCCCCAUCCUCCCCACGUUGGAUCAAUCUUCUGAUCCUGGUGAUUUUGCCUCCCUGACAUCUCUCCAGUUUGUCCUCCCCAUUCCCACUGCCAUGGUCUUAGCCAGGCUUCAUCAUCCCUUGCCGUAAACCUGUAUCAGGAAAACCCUGUAUCAGAAUGUUGGACGCAGUGGGAAAGUCAGAGGAAGGAAUGGCUGAGUCCAUCCAGGUGACAUUUGAAAAGGCUUUCUAGAGGAGGUGACAUUUGAACUGAGCCUAUAAGUUUGAAGUGGUCCUGUAAGUCUGUGGAUGAGAGUGACUGUUACAGCUUAUUGAACUUACUGAGCUAGUGAAUUGUGCCCUUUAGAACUUCCUUCAUAUGAGUUUGGGUUAAGAGGUCAGUAGGACACUAGCUGCUAAAAAUAACAAUCUUUUUUUAAUUUAAAAAGUAACAGUUUAUUCUAGGGAAACUGAAAAUGCUAAGUAGAACUCCAUAGAAAUCACUUGUAAUUCUACCACCCAAAGCUCUGCCUGUACAGAUAUCUGCGCCUUCUGAAGAGCAACAGAAAAUGACCGAGUCUCAGGGAUUUGUGUCAUUCAAGGAUGUGACUGUGGACUUCACUUGGGAAGAGUGGCAGCAGCUAGACUCUGCUCAAAGAAGCCUGUACAGAGAUGUGAUGCUGGAGAAUUAUAGCAACCUUGUUUCAGUGGGGUGUCAGUCUCUGAAGUCAGAUGUAAUCUUAUUGAAACAAGGAGAACCAUGGAUGAAAGAGGAAGAAAUCUCAAGUUGGGCCUAUUCAGACUUUGGUAUUAGACCCAAGAUGAAAGAAUUAAGACCAUGGAAGAGCAUUUCUGAACAAGUGAUACUCCAUAACAUGAUUGUAUACUCAACUGUUGAAGACUGGAGAUUUGAAGAUGAGAUAAAUCACCAGAAAAACCAAGACAAGUUUUUGAAUCAAGUUGCAUUCAUUAACAAUAAGCCACUGGCUGAGGAGAUAGAUCAUGGAUGUAACAAUGUACUGAGGAAAGGAAUUCAUCUGAACAGAGCAUCUAAUGAACACAUCAUAGCUUUCAUGCAGAAGUCAUACCUCUUUGUACAACCGAAAAUUCUAACCAGUGAGAAAUCAUAUAAAUGUAUUCAGUGUGGGAAAACCUUCAGUGGAAAGUCAGGUCUCAUUGUACAUCAGAGAAUUCAUACGGGGGAGAAACCAUACAAAUGUAAUGAAUGUGAAAAAGCCUUUAUUCAGAAGUCACAACUCUCUGUACAUCAGAGAAUUCAUACAGGAGAGAAACCCUAUGAAUGUAAUGAAUGUGGGAAAGCAUUCAUCCAGAAGUCAAACCUCAUUAUUCAUCAGAGGAUUCACACAGGGGAAAAACCCUGUCAAUGUAAUGAAUGUGGGAAAGCUUUCAUCAAGAAGUCAACACUUAGUGUUCAUCAAAGAGCUCAUACUGGGGAGAAACCAUAUGAAUGCAGUGACUGUGGGAAAGCCUUCAUCUGGCGGUCACAGCUCAUUGUACAUCAGAGAAUUCAUACUGGGGAGAAACCCCAUGGUUGUAAUGAGUGUGGUAAAGCCUUCAACAGGAAGUCAGAUCUAAGUGUACAUCACAGAAUUCACACUGGGGAGAAACCCUUUGAGUGUAAUGAAUGUAAAAAAGCCUUCAUUCAAAAGUCAGAUCUCAUUGUACAUCAGAGAACUCACACUGGGGACAAAAGGUAUCAAUGUAGUGAUUGUGGCAAAGCCUUUAUCCGGAGCUCACAGUUCAUUGAACAUCAGAGAAUUCAUACUGGGGAGAAACCCUAUGAAUGCAGUGAAUGCAGAAAAGCUUUUAUCCAGAAAUCACAGCUCAUUGUGCAUCAAAGAAUCCAUACUGGGAUGAAGCCGUAUGAAUGCACUGAGUGUGGAAGAGCCUUUAGUAAGAAGUCACACCUCACUGUACAUCAUAGAAUACACACUGGAGAAAAACCCUAUGAAUGUAGUAGUUGUAGAAAAGCUUUCAGUAAGAAAUCUACUCUCAUUGUCCAUCAGAAAAUUCAUAUGGAACAGAAACCCUAUGAAUGUAAACUAUGUGGUAAAUCCUUCAGCCGGAACACUAAUCUUAUUCAGCAUCAAAGAAUACAUACUGGAGAGAAACCUUAUGAAUGCAAUGAAUGUGGAAAAGCUUUUAGUCAGAGCACUAAUCUUAUUCAACAUCAAAGAGUCCAUACUGGGGAGAAACCUUAUGAGUGUAACAAAUGUGAAAAAACCUUUAGUCAUAGGUCAUCCCUUAGAAAUCAUGAGAGAAUUCAUACUGGAGAAAAACCCUAUCCUUGUGAUGAAUGUGGAAGGGCUUUUAGCCAUAUUUCAGCCCUUACUCAACAUCACAGAAUUCAUACUGGAAAGAAACCAUAUGCAUGUAUUGAAUGUGGGAAAACCUUCAGCCGGAGCACACAUCUUAUUGAACAUCAGGGAAGUCAUUCUGGGGAGAAAUCCUACCAGUGUAAGGAAUGUCGGAAAGUUUUUUGCCAUAGCACAUCGCUGAUCCGACAUCAGAAAACUCACACCGGAGAAAAACCCUAUAAAUGUAAUGAAUGUGGAAAAGCCUUCAGUCAUACCCCAGCCUUCAUUCAACAUCAGAGAAUUCAUACUGGAGAGAAACCCUACGAAUGUAAUGAAUGUGGAAAGGCCUUCAAUCGGAGUGCACAUCUUACUGAACACCAGAGAACUCAUACUGGAGAGAAACCUUAUGUUUGUAAGGAAUGUGGAAAAACCUUCAGCCGAAGCACACACCUUACUGAACAUCUAAAAAUUCAUUCUGGUGUGAAACCCUAUCAAUGUAAUCUGUGUCAAAAACUGUUUUGCUAUAGGACAUCACUAAUUCGACAUCAGAGAAUUCAUACAGGAGAGAAACCCUACCAGUGUGAUGAAUGUGGGAAAUCUUUCAGCUUAAGCUCAGCUCUUACUAAACAUAAGCAAACACACUCAGGGGAGAAACCUUAUCAAUGUAAGAAAUGUAGUGACGUUUUCUGUCAUAGUGCUGCUUUAAUUUGACAUCAAAUAACUCAUUUUAGAAAUGAAAUCCUAUCAGAGUAAUGAAUGUGGGGAAGCUUGCAGCCAUAGAUCAUCACUUAUAUCUGAAAACUCGGUGGUAAGAACCCCUAGGAUUGUUAAUGCAAGCAAAACUUUAGGCAAAUUGCUCACUUUGUUUAUGCUGAGAAAAAGCAUUGUUCUUGCAAUUAAUCCUGAAAAUGUGUUAUCAUUCAGAUAAAAACUUAUAAUGGAAUUAUCCCCAAACUGGUUUGUUUUUAAAAACAUAUUUAGAAAAUUAUUCUUAGAAAUAAUUUAUUACAAGUGUAUAUAUUUGCUUAUAAUAAAGGCUUUUCAGGUACACAAAAGUUUUAGUGGGAUGAUGAAAAUUGUUUAUAUAUCAUCUUUUAUCCUUUUAGUAAUUCUCAUGUUAUUCUUCACUGUUAAACACCUUUAUAGUGGGUUUGAGUUUUUUUAAAUUAAUAAGUUUGUCUAAUAGCCAUAAAAGAGAAUAUUUUCCUCCACAGAGAAAUUUGCAUUAUUUUCCAGUAUUCAUGGAAUAUUUUUUAAUGGAAUAUAUAUAUAGUUUUUUGCCAAAGCACAUCAUAUAUAGUCCAUUAAAAAAUAUUCCAUGAAUACUGGAAAAAAUAUAUACAUGGUCUAUUAAAAAAUGUAUACAUUAAAAUAUAUAUACAUAUAUUUUUAUAUAUGUGUAUAUAUAUGGGCCCAUUAAAAAAUAUGGCUAUGAAGAAGAUCUCAACAAAUUCUCCCCAAGGGAAAUAUUCAAGCCCUUCCCGUUUUUUUUUAAAACCACAAUGAGAUAAAAGUAGAUAUGAACAAGUAAAAAUAGCACCACAAAGUUAUUUCGAAAUUACAGAAUAAUUUUGUAAGUAACUUUUGUGUUAAAGGAUAAGUCCAAAGAGAAAACAAGACAGUUAUUAGAAAAUAAUAAAAUUAGGGCAUAAAUUAUUACAUUACCAAAAAAGGAAAUAGAAUAAUUAUAUGAAACCAAAGAAAAUAAAAAAUGCAUUAAUAAAUAUAAAAGUACACAUUAAUGAAAUAGGAACAAAAAUAUGUUUGAUAAGCCAAUAGACAAAUUCUAGCAAGUAGGACAAUGGAAAAAGAAAAAAACAUCUAUAAAAAAAGGAAUGUAAAGGUACAUAAAAGGGAAGUUAAAUUUCUAAUUCAAUGACUAACAAGUCAAAUCUAGCAGUUUUGUAAAAACAAUACUGAGAUUUAUCAUAGGACUUCCAAACUAGUUCAAAAGUAGAAAUGUACAUUAAUAAAGAGAAUAUACUUAACAGAUGAUAUAAAAAUAUUUGGCAAAGUUCUACAGGGAUUGGUGUUUUUUUAAAAUUAGGGCCAGAAGGAAACUUACUUCAGCUGAUAAAGGAUAUUUAUCAGAAACCUAUGUAAACAUUGUGAAUAGCCAGAUGCAUUCUUACCAGAAACAGGAAUGAGAAACGAUGUUUGGUGUCAGUACUAUUAGCAUUGUUCUGAAGGUCCCAGAUAAUUUAGUAAGAGAAAAAAAAAUGAGUUAGUAAUAUUUGAAAGAACUAACAUCAUUUGAGAUGGUAUGUUUGGUGACUGGAAAAUCUAGUAGAACUAGUAAAGUGGAGAUACAUAAUUUAUCAACAGUGCAUAAGUGAAAAGCUAUCUUAAGUAGAAAAAUAGAAAAUGUGGAAAAAAGUGACAGUCACAAUAUUGACAAAAAAUCUAAAAAUACCAGGAAUAAGAAAAUCAAGAGAUGUUUAUAGGACAAAUCUUUGCAGAAGAACACAGAAUAAUAUAAUAAAUGAAGAAACAUAUUUGGAAAAAUAGUAUAA